AUGCUUGCUGGCGCCAGUCUGGAUGGUGAGAGAGCUGGAGACCUGAAGAAGAGAGAAGAAGAAGAAGAAGAAGAAGAAGAAGAAGAAGAAGAAGCAGGAGAGGCAGAAGAAAAGGAGGAGGAGGAGGAGGAGGUGAAGCGGGACAAGCAAGCGACGCAGGAGUUGCGGCCAGACGACAAAAACGACAGCGACAACGACAACGGCAACGACAGCAAUGGAUGUCAACAGCGGCGACGGCGAUGGCAACGGCAACGAGAUCGAUGGCUAUUGCGACCCCGAGAGGGCCUGAAUACACGGCCCGAGUCUAGUUGGCCCUCAAUUGAACUGCUCUCGACGGCCUCAAUGCCGAGUGCUGAUGUCGUGAUUCUGCACGCAAGGAUCGCUGCUGGGAUGAGUCUUGCGACGGUUUCAAAGCCAAAACACGUCUCCCUAGGCUCAAUUGAUGCUCUUGCGUCUCCUGAUACCCUUUUCUCUCGCUGCAGAAUCCCCCUUCUGCGUCGUUCUUUGGCUGCUGCUGCGCUCUGGCGGGUUCCUUGGUGUUCCUGGCGCUUCUCGCUCUCUGCCGUUGGAGAUUUUCCCGGUCUAGAUGCCGUGAUUAGACCAGACGACAGCCCAGGAAAAACGGCAGACAAUGAUAUGAACAGGCUGGUCCGCUCCGUCAUGGCCCUGGGAUCGUCGUCGGUCGCGUCUCAGGCCAGAGUGCCCAUCCCGAAAAAUGGAGUCGACUAUCGUGGGAAAAUCGUCCUCGCGCCCAUGGUGCGCUCCGGCGAGCUGCCUUCACGUCUCGUCUCGCUGAAGUACGGCGCAGACCUCGUCUGGGGCCCCGAAACCAUCGACCGCUCCCUCAUCGGCGCCGUCAGACGCAUCAACCCUCGCAACAACACCGUCGAGUUCACUCGCGUGCCCUCCCACCCGGGCCCAGAUGCGAAAGACAAGGUCUCCGUCAUCUACCGCAUCGAUCCCGCCAGGGAAAAGGGCAAGCUCGUCUUCCAGCUGGGCACCGCCUCGCCAGAACUCGCCGUCGAGGCAGCCAAAGUAAUCGCCGACGAUGUCUCUGGCAUCGAUGUCAACGCCGGAUGCCCAAAACCCUUCAGCACCCUUGGAGGCAUGGGUGCCGCCCUCCUGCAGACCCCAGACAAGCUCGUUUCGAUCCUUGAAGCACUUGUGCGCGAGGUAGGCCGGCCCUGGCAGAUUGGUAUCUCCGUCAAAAUACGCCUUCUCAAGGACCCCAAGGACACCGAACGCCUAGUCACCGCCCUCUGCGCAACUGGUAUCACGGGACUUACCGUCCACUGCCGCACCACACCCAUGCGGCCCCGCGAGGCCGCUAUCCGAGACCAGCUGCCCAUGAUAGCCUCCAUCUGUCGCUCCGCGGGCGUGGCAUGCCUUAUGAAUGGAGACGUCAAGUCCAGAGACCAUGCCCUCGAGCUCAUGAGCCAGUACGACGUUGACGGGGCCAUGAUAGCUACCUCAGCAGAGUCAAACUUCUCCUGCUUCCGCAGUGCUGCAGAUGGUGGAUGUGUCUCCUGGCGUGAGCUGGCGCAUGAGUACGUCGCUGUUGCCAUGGAGUGCGAGAAUAAAUGGGGCAAUACAAAGUAUCUUCUAAAUAUAUUCUUGCCCGGCAAGGACAAGGUCGCUCAAGCUGUCAAGUCUGCACGGACAUAUACACACUGCUGCACCCUCUUGGGGUUUAACGACCUGCUCCCUGCUGCAAACAAGAUUGAUGUCAUACUCGGCAUUUCGGACAGGACCGAGGCUGGCCUGCAGCGCAGUGCAGAGCUCCUUGGCCCAGCUCUCCUUGCUUCAGCUACUUCUACUCCUAUUACUGCUACUACUACUACCACUACUACUAAAGAGGUUGACAUUCCGCUGGAUUCGAAUGUAUUAAGAGGUGAUACCCUCAACAACCAAAUCACCGCAUAA